UUAUUUUUCUAAACUUCUACUGGACUGGUUGGUACAGAUAUUCCAGAAGUUCAAUUCGAUGCUGAAACAACAUUUACCUGUAUUUAGAACAAUCCUUAGACAUUUUUUUACAACCGACCAUGAACGUUUUAAUGGUAGAAAAUGAAGACUUGUUCGUUAAUGAAUCUAUGUGGACUGCUGCUGACUUAUAUGUUACCUUUGCCAACGUCUUCAUCUUCUUCCCAGAUUAUGUGCAACUGGGAAACACCGAAUGGUUGGAUUGACCUUCGUUCGUUGGCAAAUACUGACGGCUCACCGAGGUUUGUAGAAGUUGAAGAUUCGAGAGGUUUGUUUAUAUAUUAUUGGAAUCCUUGUUUCCAGUUCAACCUACACGCCGGUCAAAAUACUUCAGUGUGUCAGUAUGAUAUUAAGAAAGGUAUAUACUAUAUUAUUGGAAGAGAAGGUGGUGUUCAGUCCCAUACUAUGGAAGAUUUAUCCUUUAAAUAUACAGCAGAUACUGAUAUCUUCAGGACUGUAGAUAUUGCAUUAGUAUGUGAUAGCAUGGUAGAAGGAUAUUUACACUUUCUUAAAGAACAUCCUAUUACGCAUUACACAUUUGAAUUACGCAGUAAGUACGCCUGCCCUGUACAUGAGGUAUUCAAACCACCAAUUGUUUUAUCCCAGGAAAAGAUAAAUCUUGAAAAAAACGCAUUACUGGCACUACCUCAACCGCUACCAAAAUAUUAUAAUCUGGAAAACAUCACAAUAUUCCUUUUAUUUCUCAUAAUUACAAUAAUAGUAUUAAGUAUGGCAUUCGUAACUGGUCUAGGAGUAAUUGUAUUCAGGAAUAUAUGGAAUGUUGGUACAAAUAAUUCAGAGCAGGAGACCGUGGGAAGUCUAUCGUAUUCUUACCAAUACCUCACAGAAUCACACUUCUUUAAUCCUACUUUAGAGGCAUCAUUUUUGAAGGAUUGUAAAGAGGAAUACGUGAUGGAAAAUGCUGAAGAUUGUGAUGAACUUGAAGAAACUGUAUUUUGA